AUGUGCGGCUGCACACUCCCUCGUGUGCGGCUGGUGCCGUAUGCGGCUACACAACCCCGUGUGCGAUUGAAUUCGUAUUUGGUUGCAGCUGGACUCGUGUGCAGAUGGCACUGUACAGUUGGAACCCUUGAACGGUUGUACAUCGUCUGCAGCUGCACACAUUGUCAUGAUUUCCCAGUGGUAAUUGUGGUUGAGGAACAUAACCAGCUUCAUAUUGUGGAUGUUAAGGGACACAUUGAUCAAGGUGAUGAGGAUUUAAAUGCAGAUGAUGAUUUCUUAAAAGAUUUGGAUUUUACUUGUAUCAAUAAUGACGACAUUCCUUCAUGUCUUGAUCUUAAUCUAGAUGAUGAUGAUUUUGGUCUAUUGUCAGGAUUAGAUGACUGUCACCUUAAAAAGGUCAAUGAAUUUUUUCAACCAGCAACUAAGACCGGGGACGAUGUUAACGCUCUCAAGAUUAUGCUUUCUUCUUCAAAACCAAUGGAAGAUUCAUCAAGAAUAAGAGAUGUGGUUUCAUGGAUUCCUCCCCUUGAUACUAAUUUCUCUACUUCUGUUCCAUUUCUGAGUGAAAUGACACAGCCACAAACCUCUCUGCCUUCUCCGAGGCAGGGAGUUUUCAUUCAAAGCCAAGCACCACCGGUCUCAUCAAUUGUCACCACAACAAUUGUCACAAUCCUUCACAGGAUCCCAAUCUUCUCAGAUUAUGAGAAAGAGACAUUCGUACCUUGGCUCGUCACCAAAUCAUUUGCUAAACAGAAGUCAUGGAGGCUGCUACCAAGGAAUUCACUGGGAUGGUCGCCACAAUCAUCAAUGGAAAAUUAUGGAUGGGAUCCAUGCAUGGGAAAAUCUGACCUGAAGCUGUUCGAAAAACCUGGAGAAUGA